AUAGAGCCGGUAAAGUGCUGUUGAAUGCUGUUGCCGUGACUAACGUGUUGGCCUAUUCUGAAAUUUACCAUCAAUACACGUGUCACUGCAUUCAAUAUCGCUUGACGUAUAUGAUAUAGCUACAUUUCAUUGGUUAAUUAGACCUCGUAUUAAACAAUGGACUGGAUAAGAUAAAAAGGAAGCGGCCUCGGAUGUCACAAUAAAGUCAUCAUUUUAUAGUACUGAACACUGCGUUCGACAACGUUAUUAAUUAUACACAGAAGCUGUAGUUGUUUGGAAAGACAAAGCCAUAUACUCUCCAUCAUGCGUCCGUUUGUUUUGCUGUUCGGCAUUGCAAUCGCAGUGUUCCUCCUGACUGAUAUCUGCACUGCAUUACCGGAACCAAUGGAGCACCCAGACUUCUGCAAGGGUAUGCGACCCCCGGCCUGUCCCAGAAAUCUGGACCCACAAUGCACCAGCGAUGGGAAGCAGUAUGCCAACAAGUGCAUACUGUGCGGAGCGAUCCUGAGCGGCGAACAACCCGAAGAUGUCUCAUUUGAGCCAUGCGAGUAGCCGAUGGGCCUAAGUUUAACACCAGAGGGCGCUUUUUUUCUUGUUACGAUUUAUAAUCAGAAACGUCACAACCGCUGAGCCGUAUCGGGGGGAGUAGGCGAUUUAAAACGCCUACACCCGUCUUCUGGUUUCGUUGUUAACAUUGGGUUCUUGGAAGGGACGAUAUCGAAAAAAAAAAAUUUAAAUCAGUUAAAAAUAUUCGCUUUGCGCUCUUCAACAGGACUUGUUCUCUCAUAGAUCAAAAACGGAUACAGGUUUUUCAAAAAGGGAGUCGGCUGGGACUUUCAAGUCAAAGUUUUUUUAAAGGGGUGGUUGGAUGAGGUUUUGCAGUCAACGUAUAUAUAAAAAUAUGCCUGAUGCACUGAAUCAAGAUUGACAACAUUGAGUGACAAUGUUUUCCAACGUAAUAACAUUGGUCAUGUGACACAAUUUAAAAUGUCUGUAGUAAGUGCUAGCCCGUUAGACUUUGGUCAAUGUAUCAUUGCUACAUUUUCAACAAAGCCCUGGUAAUUCAUUCUCGUUAUGGUUUACAUUGGUUCCUUCAUUAAGUUCAUGCAUUUCAUAUUUCUCUAUUGCUAUUGUCUGUGUAACAUGUUACAUUUGGGGUUUUUUUCUACUGUGUUGGUUGUUGAGCUCGGGUCCUAUCCUUUGAUAUACCCAAUCUACAAAUAACUUACUUUAGGGGGCCAAUAUACUCGACAAGCUGUACUUUUUAUGGACCCCAUCCAUAUUUGUCUUUCAAAUUAUAAUUUAUUUCCAUUGCAUUAUGUAUACUCUUAUCCAUACUUUCUGUAUAUAUUGUUCACAUUCUUGUUUGGAAUUGGAAACAAAGUGAAGUUAAUACUUGAACGUUGCUGAGAGCUUAAAGCUGUUGCUCGUCACGUAUGAAGUCGAUUCUGGAACAGUCGAACCCUAAGAAAUUAAUUACCUAAAAGAUCUAAAAGACACCAAAAUCAAUCCACGAGGUGUACCAGGUGGGGUUCGAACCAGCUUAGGAAGCUGAGGGUGCAUGCCGUGCGUCCCCGAGAGCUUAAAAACCCAUACGAGUCCCGUUUGACAGCAGUCAACAAUGUGCUUAUGGGCAUGUCUAAACGCUUUACCCAUUAUUUUUUACAGUGUAGAGCUGUGGCUCCAAGUUCGGACAAUUGUGCACGAUAGGGUGAACAAAACAAGAAAGAAGAAUUAUUAUUAAUAACAUCAUCACUGCAAUGUUCAUUUUUUUCUGCUUUAUCAUUACAACUAAUAUUUCUGAGGUACCUGUUCCAUUAUUUUUUUUUAUUAGCCCAAAAAACCACGUUUAUGUGAAAUAUUACUCAAAUUUCAGUGAAAAAUUCAUUGAAAACUGAAGAACCUUGUUUACAACUUGUCAUAAUAACAAGUGUUGUUGAGUAAUAACAGAAAAGGACUAAUCAUUAA